GUGUGUGUGUGUGUGUGUGUGUGUAAACACAUUUACAAAAUCUAGAUUGUUAUUGUAAAGACAAAGUGAUUCUGGUUACACAGACUGGAGGAGUCGCAGAGGACGACAGCAAGUGCCAGACUGAAUGGCUGAAGCUCAAACCUCAGGUGAACUGGAGCUCAAUCCAGAUGCUGCAGAUUUUGUUCUGGGAGAAGAAAAGAGCCAGUUUCAGUCUAGAAGAAGUUGGCCAAGACCAGAUUUCAACAGGAACAGAGGGGGUCGAUACACAGCCCCUCACCAGCAGCGUUCUAACAUAUCUUAUUGCAACGAUGAGCCCUUACAUGAAAGGAGCUACUAUAAUCGUCAAACCUACAGGACCUCUGAGGCGCCCUUAGAUAGUCGAGAUGGCCCUAGUGCUAGAGGAAACCACAGCUUUCAAAACCAGCGGCAAAACAGAUCCAGAAACAUUAGAACCUUUCCAACAGACCAUUCAAGACAGUUUGGUGGCAGCCAUUCAGAAUCUUUCACAGAGAAACCUGACAAAGAUGAUGGGCUCAGCUGGCGGACAGAGGACAAGAGGCUUAACGACUUUAAAAACGGUUUUGACCCUGAAGACACUAGAGAUGCCAGACCUAAAAAUCCAAGGAAGUUCACUUAUGAGCCGAGAAGGGGUCCUGGUGAGAGAGGAAAGCCAGCUUUAUACAGGGACGAGAUAGAAGAUUUGAUUGAAGGAGACAGGGAAAACUCAUUGGAAAUGGGUUCUGUGGAAGCUGCUAAAGCAAGAUCAAACGAGAGUGCAUUGAAGCUCUCCCAUUAUGGCAAUAAGAGAGCAGCCCAGGAUUCCCAAAGACACGGGCAGCAGAAUAGAGAUGAACAUCCAACAAGGCAGGAACGGAGUAGGAGUACAAAACCUCAAAGUGCCUCAUCCCAGGCUGACCGCAAGAUAAAUGAGAUGGCUAGCUCUGGGAAGAUUCACAAGCCUGAUAGUAGAUCUUCAUGGAGAAGUGAUGUGGAGAGAGGGCAAGGAAGAAGGAUGCCAUUACAAGAUCAUGGACCAAAGAAACAUUUGAAUUCAGGCAGAACACAUUUCUGUAAAAAGCAGCUGGAUGUUCCCAAGAGUAAAGAAACACAUACAGGGUGUCUAAUUGAACAGCUCACUGAAGAGAAGUAUGAAUGUAUGGUCUGUUGUGAGGUAAUUCGUGUGAUGGCACCAGUCUGGAGCUGUCAGAGCUGCUACCACGUCUUUCAUCUAAACUGUAUUAAAAAGUGGGCCAGAUCACCAGCAUCACAGGCGGAGGAUGGGAAUGAGGGGUGGAGGUGUCCUGCCUGCCAGAAUGUAUCUGUUCGUGCACCAAACUCUUACACCUGCUUCUGUGGAAAAGUUAAUAAUCCUGAAUGGAACAGAAAUGAGAUUCCACACAGCUGUGGAGAGCUGUGUUGCAAAAAGCGUUCUGGUCUGGACUGCAACCAUCCCUGUAAUAUCUUGUGCCAUCCUGGACCAUGCCCAUCUUGCCCUGCAUUUGUAACCAAAGCCUGUGUUUGUGGAAAAAUAAGUCAAUCUGUACGUUGUGGACAGGCAACUAUGAUUCGUUGUACUGAUGUGUGCAGCAGCUUGCUAAACUGUGACAAGCAUACCUGUAUGCAGGUGUGCCACAGUGGAAAAUGCCAACCAUGUCAGCUCCAAGUCAGCCAAGUUUGCUAUUGUGGAAUUAGUUCUCGGGAAGUGCCUUGUGGGACAGAUAAAGAACAUUUUGAUGAGUCUGGACAUUUUUCCUGUCAAAAACUCUGUGGAAAAAUGCUUGACUGUGGCAAGCACACUUGUUUGCAAGUGUGCCAUCCACAGCCAUGUCAGUCUUGUCCUCGUCUUCCAAAAGUGGUAAGCAGCUGCCCUUGUGGGCAGACUCCCCUCUCCAAACUUUUGGAGCUUGGUUACCCUGAGCGCAAGAGCUGCACAGAUACCAUUCCAUCAUGUGGAAAAACCUGUGCCAAGCCGUUACCUUGUGGGUCAAAUGAUUCAAUUCAUUUGUGUGAAAACCUUUGCCAUGAAAAGGAAUGUGGUCCGUGCUCACUUACUUCUACUGUCAAAUGCAGAUGUGGCUUCAAAAGUAAAGCAGUUCCAUGUGCCGUUAUCCAAAAUGAAGCUGACCUUAUGUUCAUGUGUGACAAGCGUUGCAAUAAAAAACGUUCUUGUGGCCGCCACAAGUGCAAUGAACUUUGCUGUGUGGACAAAGAGCACAAAUGUUCCAUGAUCUGUGGGUACAAGCUGAACUGUGGACAGCAUAGGUGUCAAGAGCUUUGUCAUCGUGGGAACUGUCACCCGUGUUGGCAAACCAGUUUUGAUGAACUGCCAUGUCACUGUGGUGAAACAGUGAUCUAUCCACCCGUUCCCUGCGGUACAAGACCACCUGAAUGUAAAAAGCCAUGUACCAGGAAGCACGAGUGUGAUCAUCCAGUGUUUCACAACUGCCACAGCGAGGAGAAGUGCCCACCUUGUACCUACCUCACUCAGAAGUGGUGUAUGGGAAAACAUGAACAAAGAAACAAUAUUCCCUGUCACUUGGCAGAUAUAUCCUGUGGCCUGACUUGUAAUAAACAGCUGCUGUGUGGCAUGCACAAGUGCAGAAGGAUCUGCCACAGAGGGGAUUGUAUGACAGAGGAGCAGUGUAAACAACCUUGCUGUGCUGUGAAACAGGAAUGUGGUCAUGCCUGUUCAGCACCAUGCCACCAGGGGUCCCCCUGUCCCAGGGCUCCAUGUACAGCAAAGGUAGUGUUACAGUGUGACUGUGGGCACAAGAAGGAGAGCAUGGUUUGCUCUGAGGCUUCAACCAAUUAUCAAAGAAUAGCUGCUAUAGCCAUAGCCAGCCGACUUUCUGAUAUGCAGCUGGGAGACUCUAUGGAAAUCGGUCAACUAAUUACAAAGAAGGAAAUGAAGCAAGCCAGGUUGCAGUGUGAUGAAGAGUGUGCUGCACUAGAAAGAAACAAACGGUUGGCCGAGGCUCUAAAUAUAGACCUUAGUUCUGAUCCUUUCAACACCCGCGGCUCGACCUCUAAAUUCACCGACAGUCUGAAGGAAGACGCAAGGAAGGAAUUAAAGUUUGUAAGUGAAGUGGAAGAAGUGAUGAAAAAUCUGGUGGAGUUGGCAAAUAAGGGAAAACAGUCAAAGCGGAGUCAUUGCUUCCCUCCAAUGAACAGAGAUCACCGCAAGAUCAUCCAUGAGUUAGCUGAGGUCUAUGGGAUUGAGAGCGAGAGCUACGACAGUGAACCAAAGCGCAAUGUUAUCAUUACAGCAGUAAGAGGGAAAACGCUGUGCCCUAAUACUACUCUGACAACACUGAUAGAACGUGAAACUGCCACAAGACCUCCACCACCCAUCGCCCACCACAGGCAGCACACUGCAAGUUCUGGCAAUUGCAGCGUCAUGCAAAAGGCUGUUAAAGAGGAGCCUGUGAUUGACUACUUUGAUGUCCAGGAUUGAAAACUUAAGUUGUUGCGCUAAAGAAAAACAAAUAUAUAAAUGAAGCACACCACUGUCGGAAGGCUAAGUCACUUAUGCUUGUUAAAUAAAAAAAACAAAUAUACAGAAGAUCAUAGUUGCACAUUUAAAAAUCUUGUUCUUUUACUCAGAAAUCCACGCCCAAAUAGUUAAUGAUUAGGCCCUAUAUGGUUGCAGUUGUUCAUUCCAGUGUUGAGUGAGAUGCUCUCUUGUAGCUGGGGGCCUUUUUUUCCUGCAGAAAUUUAUUUUAAUGUCUGGUUUUGAAACAUUACUGAAUAAACUUUUGGUUUAAGUAGGCUGUGCAAAAACUGAUAUGUAAAACUUGUCAGAGGGGAAUUGAACAAUGCACGGCACAGUAAAUUCAUUCAACAUCCAAUAAACACUUCUGUUUCUGAAAUAAACCAAAAUAAACCCCAUUGACUACUGCACUGCGAUCUUGAAAGCCUGUGGAACGCAGCCAGAUAUGGUUUGUAAGGUAUGUGGCACUAAAUUAGCCAUUUUACCAGGAAUUGUGAUUGUAAUUAAGAUUACAUAAAUAUGUAUUUACAGUUGAUGCGUACAAAUUAAGUUGCAUAAAUUAAGAGUACAAAUACUGCAUAAAGUACAUCAGAAACUCACGUGUGACUUCUUGCUGAUUUUAAUAAAAUAUCACGGGUAUAUCCAGGGGAAAGAACAAAAAAAAAGCAACCAUUUUCUAAGUACAGGUUAGCUUUAAAUAAUACUAACAAAAUUGUAAAAUUCAUUGUUUCUAAUGGAGUUUAUCUUGAACAGUAAUUUACGCUCUAAUAGUUGUCUAAAACAUUCACCAAAUAGUGUUGUGGGAUGGGAAUAUCGGCACAAGUAAAAAUGUAAUUGACUAAAAGCAGUCUGUAUAACCCAUACACAAUCACAGUAUAAAUUGGGGGGGGGGGAAGCAGUAACAUUGCUAAAUUUUGCAAGGGAAAAUCCAGUCAUGGCAUUCAGCAGUGCUAAAUAUCUUGUUUUGAAAUCUAAACACAAUUUUGUACUGUAACACAGAUAUUGGUCAGAAUACUUGAUUCUAUUCUUUUUGUAUCUCUGACAGUGUUGCUGGAUACAACUGGCGCAUAUGAUUGUGUGUCUUUCAGCAGUUGAUUGGGUUACUCUAGUUGCAGCAUUUUUUAAGAUCACAUUAUUUUGGUUAUGCCGAUUUGCAUAUCUGGAAAUGUUGAAUCUUUGCACUGACAAGUCACAAUGUUCGUAUUCUCUGUCGUCUUGUCAAUGCGUGUCUAAUUCCAGUUAACAAAUCCCUUGAAAGUUAAUGAAAAUGCACAUAGACCCAAAAAAUAUUUGUCAGUUUUGCAACCAUGCACAAAAUUACAUUUGAAGAAAAUAUGUUUCUAUCAAGACUUUGAUGCAGUCAUAGGCAACAAUUCUAUUUAAAAUAUCCUAUUUCAAUCUAUGUAGACAAAAAAUAAAUAAAUAAAAUAGGCCCCUACUAGUAACAGCAUUCUAAUCGAGAUGUAAACAUUUGGCUAUGGAAUCUGUAUUUUGAGAGAGAAUGGUCUUAAACAUGUUUUAGUUGAAGUGGUCCUGAAAAGACAGAUAAAAUAAAUAAGUUGUGUAGUUGAUACAAAUCAUGCUUUGUUGUACUUCUUGGAGAUCAGAAGAUAUCAAAUUUGUGGUAUUGACAUUGGGCCAUCCUCAUUAUCAAUUAAAGCUAUUUGGUUGAGGACAACUGAAGGGGUUCUGCUUGGGUGUCUAGUCAUCAGUCAGAAGUAAUAUUUGGUUAGUCCAAAUCUAACACCAAUUAGUAACCAUCGCCCAAGAAUACAUAUUUUUCAAACUAAUAAAUAGCCCAGCGUAGGUGCUGUUAAAAUAUUCCACUGGAUUUAUCUACUCAGUUAUGCAAGAUUUAGGAUUUCACUCAUUUUAUGCAAACAAAAUAAAAUUGAUGUGCUGCAUUAGUUUUCAAAUAAAAUAGCUCUGUAUUUAACAUCAUUGUCUUGCUUGAUUCCUGUUAACGUUCUGCGUUUAUACAUGCACCAUUGACUUUAAUCUAUGUUUUAAAAGCAAUGUUAAAAAAAAAAAAAAAGCUUGAAAUGUAAUAUAAAAAAUGUCACCUUUUCAAUGAGAAGGGUUUUUCUACUUUGUGUUAGGUUUAGUGUCAGAGUCUAUCCUUUUCUGAAGCCUUUAUACUGUUAAUGACUGAAAAGGUGGAUACAAAAGAUUAUCCCAUGUUAUCUGGCAGAAUUUCAGUUCAAGAAUAAUGUUUUACUGGAUCAUGGAUUCAUUAAUAUAUUUUUCUAUUGUUUGCAUUACCAAUAGAAAUGUGUCUUAAUGAAAUAAACUGGGCUGCAAUGUUAUGUUUAAAAAAAAUAAACUGUGUACCAUUGGUUUGUUGUGGCUUAUUCAGUCAAGUGUAAUUGUAAAUGUUUGAAUUUGCAUUGAGCUGGGUAAUCGUAAUAAUAUUUCAUAGUUUAGUAAAAUAAAUAGUCAUACAGUACUAGCGACUGCCAUGUUUAGUUAUUUAAUCAAAAACAUGUACUGUAUAGCACCCACAAUAAACUGAAUAGCAGUGGCAUUUAAUUAAUGUAUACCUCCUUUUAUUAGGAAGGUCGUGAGGUAAAACAAAUACUAGUACAUAUCAUUGGCACAUUUUGUUUUUAAAUAUUUUCUGAGAUUAACUGUACUGCAAUGCUAAAACACAGCUGAAUAUAUUUGUAUUGGAGAAAAGAUUUUUACUUGGCUAUUUUAGACUCUUACUUCUUAAAGGUAAAUGUAUCAACUGUUCUAAAGUGUUGCCCCCACUCCCACCACACACAAUCAGUCUGAAUAGCCUAAAUUUCAAUUUUUAUUUCAGGGGUUACAGGUAUCUCUUCAAUGUCUAAGACAAGAGUCUGGGAUGCCACCACAAGCCUGCUGGAUAGAUGACUAGGUACACAAAAAAAAGUUUUACAUAAGAAUCUCUGUUGCACAAUUACCUACCCACACACCAAUCUAUAGUUAAACUGGGAGCAAGCCACAAGUCAAAAACACCAGA